GUUUGAGGUCAAAGAUGGCGAUUCUAGAGCCAACAUGACUGACUUAAAAGAACAUAUUACGAGCGCGUUGAUGUAUUCUUAAAAGGUGGAGGGAUCUAAAGAAGGCACUCUCCAGCCAUGCACUUGAGAGGUGUCUGUCUCUUGUUAUUGGCAGGUGUCAUUGUCACAUGGGCUGGACUGACACAGGAUUAUAAUCAGGUAUACUACCUUGGUUUUGAUCGGUUCAAUGGAGAACGCCUGUACGAUGAUUCAUCGCACAACAACAACGCAACUCUCAAGAAAGUCCAAUUGGAUAAAGCAGCAGGUAGCUGUGGCAAGUGUGCCAAGAUACACUCUGGGGGACAGAUUAUCAUAGACGGAUCAAAGUUCGUCGGAAUUCCUUACAUUGAAGUUACUAUUGCGAUGAUGGUACAAUUAAAGGACGCAUCUGGGACAAUAGAUCUUUUUGAGACUGUUGGAGGACCUCCCAGAUCUAAUCAUGAGGAACCCCAAUAUGAUCUACAAGCUGAAAACGCCAGGGUACGUUGGUUUCACCGGAAUGAAAAUGGUUCCACGGUGUUCAGUAUUAUUACAGACGGUCCUGUGUUAUCCGGUGGAAAAUGGUACCAUUUAGCCGCAAUGUAUGACGGUCUUCGGGGCAUAGCUAAGAUUUAUAUAGAUGGUCAACUUAGAAAACAGGAAACCGCUGACCCCGGUGUAUUCCUGUCUCGAGACUGGUCUAAAUAUGCAGGGAUCGGCUCUUAUGGCGGAAAAGGUCGCUUGGAGGGCUAUGUGGACGAGUUUUACAUAUACAACAGGACUCUGGCAGAACCUGAGCUAAAAACGCUUAUUAAAAAGUGCCAAGGGCCGCAAAGCACCAUGGUGUUACAUCUGAGCUUUGACAGGAAAACCGGUGAUACGUUUCUGGAUGACUCUGGGCUUAUGAACCACGCAAAGGUUGGCGGGCCGCCCUUGCAACCAGGCCAACCGAAACCUGCUCCUCCUCCACCUGCAAAAGGAAGCUGUGGUAAUGGAGCACAACUAAAUGCGGGACAAGCAGAUAUAAAACUAGACGGGAAAACGUUCCGGAACAAACCAAUUGACAGUGUAACUAUAGCGAUGUGGUUUAACGCCACUUCGGUUAAGGGGAAACAUUAUUUGUUCGACACGAUUGGUGGACAUUCAGCGCACAAACACGACCAGUAUCUUCUGAUGAUCGAGAACGGAGCCAUUAGUUGGAGUCACAACGACCAAAAUGAUAAACAACUGUUCAAAGUUGUCACUGAUCCUAUCGUAACUGAGAAACAAUGGGUGCAUAUCGCAGUAACAUACAAUGAGAAAAGUAGCCAGGCUAAGGUAUUUGUUAAUGGUAACCUCAACAAGCAAGGGCCUGCAUCUGGGAGAUUGUCUGAAGACUGGGACAGCUAUGCAGCAUUUGGUAAACAUGAAGGAACUGUCACAGAUGUUGAUACACUGGACGAAAUAUACAUGUACAACAGAGAGUUGACUCCAUUCGAAGUAAAAACACUCUAUGAUAACUGCAAUUUUGGAUCAGCCAAAACACCGAGCACUGGUCAAGUAUUCUACUUUGGAUUUGAUCGUGUGUCAGGCAGUAACGUGUUUGAUGACUCCGGUAGCCUGAAUGACGGUGAAUUGACUAGCCUCGCUACUGUGACAAAGACUAGUGGAACUUGUGGGAAUGGACUAAAACUAACUGGAGGCAAUAUUUUGAUUGACGGACAGCGAAUAGUUAGGAAACCGCUGUUUGGUGUGACCAUAGCGCUUUGGCUCAAGCUGGAUACCAACCGCGGUCAACAGUCUGUCUUCAGCACUUACAAUCCCGAUAAUCCGUGGAACACACGACAGUAUUAUUCACUCAUGAUCAAUGACGGAAGAGUCAGAUGGUUUCACCGCAAUGAAAAAUCUCAGACUGUGUUCAGCGCCGAGACAGGCUCACCAGUUGUACCAGCUGGAACAUGGACCCAUAUCUGUUGCACCUACACCGCAACGGGCGGGAAGUCUGAGAUAUAUGUGAAUGGGGUGCUGAAAAAACAGGAACUUACUGGCUCUGGAAUUCUUUCACAGGACUGGAGUGGAAAGAAUAGCAUCGGAAAAGAGUACGAAAAAGGUUCUGACGGCAAUUGGAUAGAGAAGAACAAUCUGUACGGCAUCAUCGACGAGUUCUACUUAUUUGAGCGUGACUUGAAACCAAAUGAAAUAACACUUCUUGCUCAGACUUGCAAUUACCACAGAAUAGUGCUACAUUAUGGGUUCGAGUUGUUCGCUGGUAAAACAGUGUAUGACCAGUCUGGGCUUGCAAACAAUGGCAUGGCUAUUAAUGGUACAGCUGUCUCAAACAAUGGAACGUGCGGGAAGGCUGUUAAUAUGACCAUGGGACAGAUUAAAAUACCGGGUGAUACUUUCAGGGAAAAACCCCAAAAAGCAAUAACCAUAUCAGUGUGGAUCAGCUUACAAACAAACAGGAAAGAGCACGAAAUAUUUGAUACAAUUGGAAGCCAUUCCGAUCACAAGCAUGACCAAUACCACUUCGCAGUGCAGGAUGGGAAGGUUGUUUGGUAUCAUCACCAAGAAAACGACAAAGAAGUGUUCAAUGUCGUCACCCUUCCCUGCAUUCCUGCUCGCAACUGGACACACGUGGCAGUGACGUAUGACUCCACAGCCAUGCUGGCGAAAGUUUAUGUAAACGGAGUUAUGGUGAAACAAAAAUCUGCGAGCGGUGAUCUUUCUCAAGAUUGGGGCCAUUUUGCCGGUAUCGGAAGACAUUUUUAUACAGGGACUUAUUUAUCUGGAUUAGUAGAUGAAUUUAUCAUUUAUAAUUACGCUCUUAGUGACGUGGAAAUAAAGUAUCUUGCACAGGGGCGUUGCUCUAAAAAAUAAGAGCUCCGUCCAAAUACAUACGUAUUUAGGAUUUUUUAAAGCCUAAAACUAAUCAAGGUAGUUUCUUUAUUUAGACAGUUUCUUUGAAAUACGCUUUUUAUAUUCUUUGAGCUAUUUUGGUAAAUGUCACUCUUAAGUGUGUUAUUUAGGAGUUAGUCAAAUCAAAACGAAGUUAGUUGCGAGUUAAAAAAGUGAUGUGUAUUUGAUGAUAAUUUGACAUUCAGGGACAUUGUUAAAAAGUUGAGCUUACGGAGUAAAGAAUCACUUGUGAAAUCUCGGAUGCAUGGCUUAAUGUAAACAAACAAGAAAAUAAAAUAACUCAAGUAUCUAUCAUUUUUGACAAUUUUUUGCUACUACGUCGUUUUGAUUGACUUUUGUUACCUUAGCCAUUCACUGAACGGAGUGAACGAAGAAAGGCCCUUUGAGGCGUUCCUUCUCAGAUCCUCGCGGUCGUACAUCGAACUUCCUUCGAGUGUGAUGAAAUUUAACUCUUUCCUCUAACACCAUGGUCUUUACAACGUUAGUUAUAUGAACUUGGCGAUGCUUAAUUUAAUCGGAAUAACCAGUUCGACAUGUGAAUUAACUUAACGGUGGUACUGGA